CGGGGUGCAGGGCCGCCUGUGGCCGCAGAGGGCGCUGCACGCAUGGCAGUGCGGGCUCCUCGGCCUUCUCAUCUUUUUGUCUGAGAACUGCAUCCCUCUGCCGCUCUACAGUGUGCGAUAGCCUCGGAGCCGCGUCCGCAACACACUGUCAAACCACUCCAAACGAAUACGACCGCGACCAAAAGCAUUAAUUCUACACAUGCUGCCAUGGCGUCUCCAGUCUGCCGGUGAAUCGGUCGUAUUUCUGACUGUUCGUUGGAACUUAGUCCGUGGUUGAAUCGGGCUUGCUUUCUGUGUGCAUCAGUCUUUAUUAGCGAGCUGCCGCUCUUCUUGCUAUCAGCUAUUUCUUUAACUUUUUAAACAGUCAGCUUCGCGAAUGACUGAGCGCCGGCGGAGUAUGGGAUCCUUGGUGUCUUAAGAAGCGUCUGAAGUGGGGUUUAAUCGUUUUUGCAUGCAAAAACAAUGGCAAAUUCGACGGGGAAAAAUCUACUAGAUCAGCGAAGGAAAGGACAGGCUUUCCUGGACGAGCUGCGGCAAUUUCACCAAAGCAGAGGAUCGCCGUUCAGGAAGAUUCCUAUCGCGGGUGGGAAAGAGCUGGACCUGAAUGCUCUCUAUGUCAGAGUCGUCUCUUUAGGUGGAUUCGCGAAGGUCUCUGACAAAAACCAAUGGAUCGAACUCGGGGACGAGUUCAACUUUCCGAGGAGUUGUUCCAACGCUGCAUUCGCUUUAAAACAGUACUACCUUCGAUACUUGGAGAAGUAUGAGAAAGUCCACCACUUCGGCGAGGACGACGAAGAGGCGCAGCCGGGGAAUCCCAAAGCCUCUCUUCCCAUCGGUGCAAUUCCCAGCGCCUACAACUACCAGCAACACGUCGUAUCAGACUAUCUCCGCCAAAGCUAUGGACUGUCUUCAGACUUCGUUCCGCCGUGCGACUACAACAAACUGGUGCUGUCCCUCCUCUCGGGUCUACCGAACGAAGUGGACUUCGCCGUCAACGUUUGCACUCUGCUGUCCAACGAGAGCAAGCACGCCAUGCAGCUGGACAAGGACCCCAAGCUGGUCACGCUGCUGCUGGCCCACGCCGGCGUCUUUGACGACUCGCUGGGCAGCUUCUCCGCGGUGUUCGGGACGGACUGGAAAGAGAAAACCUCCCGGGACUUUGUCAGGUUCUGGAAGGAGGUGGUAGAGGACGUCGAGGUCCGGGAGCUGAUCUGGGACAAAAACAGCCCAGCAAAAGAUGGUACGUCGAGCGAGGAGCGCUGGCAGAGCCUCUUUCACCCGCCGCGGAACCAGGGCAUCAGCGACAUGGAGGCCCAGCGGGUCCUGCAGAUUGCCGUUAUCCUGCGAAACCUCUCCUUCGAGGAGGCCAACGUCAAGCUGCUGGCGGCCAACCGAACGUGCCUGCGCUUCCUUUUGCUCUGUGCCCACUGUAACCUCAUCUCACUCCGACAGCUUGGACUCGACACGUUGGGCAACGUGGCUGCUGAGCUUCAACUGGAUCCUGUUGACUUUCGGACGACUCAUCUGAUCUUUCACACCAUCACCAAAUGUUUGAUGUCCAGGGACCGGUUUCUCAAAAUGAGGGCCAUGGAAAUCCUGGGCAACCUCAGCAAGGCGGAGGACAACGGCGUGCUCAUCUGCGAGUACGUGGACCAGGACUCGUACAGGGAGGUAAUAAUGCUCCUCACGUUGCCCGACCUCAUGCUCCUCAUGGCCUCCUUGGAGGUGCUCUACCUGCUGGCCCAGCUCGGAGAGAUCCCCUGCAGCAAGAUGGCGUCCGUCGACCACAGCAUAGAUCUCUUGGUGCGGUUGGUAUCGGUUGACCUCCAUACGUUUGGACCCGACGCCCUGACGGCGGUGCGACUAAUCGAGCAUCAGGCCAGCGCUGACCAGGCAGCAGAGGUUCGACCACAGCUGGUAGAGCAGGUCCCUGCAGCCGUGCAGGGAGCAGCGGCGCCUGUAACGAGGGUGCCGGUUCAAUCCACCCAACCCCCACCUGGUAUUGUGGAACUCGAUGGGGAAAAGUUUACAUUGCAAUGGCUAAACGCUCACUUUGAGACAAACCCAGAGGGCUCUGUAUCUCGAUCAGAAAUGUACUCUGAGUACCUGGCCACGUGUAGUAAAAUGGGACGAAGCAACAUCUUGAACUCCACAGGCUUCCUUAAAUGUCUGCGGAACGUGUUUCCAAGCCAUACAAUGCGGCGGCAAGAUGAGGCCAAGGCCAAUGGUCAGGUUCAUAUUCUCCUGGUCGGGCUGAGGCGCAGGGCGAUCCCUCUGCCCAUCCAGCUGUACUACCAGCAGCAGAGUCCUGCAGCGGCUCAAACACCUCCAGCAGCCCGACACGAAGCCUCUGGCGACCCUCAGGCCCCGCCUCCAGGCUUACCUCUCGGGCCUCCGAGUCUUGGACCCCAGUUUGUCCGGGUGAUGGGCCACGGCCUCAGCGCCACUGGUGCUGCUCCACCCUCGGCUCCACCCUCGGCCUCGACUGCACAGGAGCCUGCUCAUGUGAGCCAUCCGGCUGUUUCCCGUCACCCGGUGGCCCUGCAGGCGUCUAUGCAGUUGCCACCAAAUCCUCUGGCAGCACUGCAGCAGCAGCCGGGCCGACCCGGGCCGGUGGUCCAGAUCGCGACGUCUGCUCCGGCCGCCCAGAACCCGGCCGCUCAGCAGCACUCCCCUAUGCUCCCCACCGGGCCGCCCGUCACGCUGUUCCAGCAGGUACCGCAGGGCCACAUCCUCACCGCCCGGGUACACGGCGUGUGCCCCCCCAUAACCCAGCACCUGUCCGGCCCUCAAGGUGGAGCUCUCCAGGCGGAGCCUCAGUGUGCUGCAUCAACACCCUCCUCUUCCAUCCAUGUCGGGGCUGGUCACACGUUUAGCAUCGCGGGUGUGGCCAACUCCCAGGGCCCGCGCGGCACAUUUCAGAAUAUUGCGCCCAAACCUGCGCCAAGCCACCUGGGUGCACCAGCAGCCACGAUAGCCACUCCCAACCAGCUGACUCAGCCCCCACAGCAGUCGCAGAGUCUCGUAAUAGUCGGCCCCAACCCCCAGCAGAACCCGGCCUACGCCCCUGCCAUGCACCAGAUAGUUCUCGCCAACCCCUCCGGCAUCCCCGGCCCCCAGACUAUCCAGAUAGCGGGGCAUCCCGGAGCUGCUUCCAGCCCCUGCCCGCCUCCCACUUCUCAUUCUAACACCCAGGUCCAGCCCAAUCAAACUGUCGGCCACGCACUGUCUAUGAAACGGCAUCAACAACAGCAGCAACAGCAGCUGCAGCUUAUUUCCCAAACUCCCCCCUCUCAGCCUACCUCCACCGAGUCCAGCUUGAUCAAACAGCUACUGCUUCCAAAGCGAGGGCCUUCUACUCCGGGAGGAAAGCUCAUCCUACCCGCCCCACAGGUGCCCCCUCCAAACAGCACGAUGGCGUCUAGUCCACAGGUCAUCUACCAGACGACCUACAGCACCCAGAAUCCAUCUCCUCAGCCUCAGCAGCUCAAUGUCCAGCUGGUUCCUGGUCAGCUUCCCGCUGCAGGAGCCCCCACCCUGCAGACGGUGCAGCUCUUGCCGGGGCAGCUCAUUUCCACAAAUAGCCCGGGGGCCGCUACAAUCAUCCAGGGCCCCACGUCAGCUGGACAAGUCACAUUCACCGUAGUCCCCACCACUGGCUUCACCACCUCGACCGCUGCUGUUGUCAGCACGGGUGCUGUGGCUCCGGGGGUUCCCCCUCCUCCGUUCUUGGCUGCGUCAGUGCCCCACGACGCACCUGCGUCCCCGACACCACCACCACUGCCAGCUCCCCUCAGAGGAGACAAGAUUAUCUGUCAAAAGGAGGAGGAAGCCAAGGACGCCACGGGGCUGCACAUCCAUGAGCGGAAGAUCGAGGUGAUGGAGAACUCGUCUUUGGCGGAUGGAAACGGUAAACCCAGUAAUGGAGAUGUUGCUGCGGGUGCUAAGCUGCUAAAUGGUGGGAAGUGCAUGGAGUCUAAUCUACCUCCAUACCACUCAGGGAAGAGCCAGGGGGGCCUCAAUGGCCCGGCUACCGAGGGCCACCCUGCUAAUGGGAAGCAGGCCCUUUCCCCCACCCCAAACGCUCCUCUGGAGGGCAACCCCGACCCCAAAAAAACUCUGGUUAAUGGGGUGUGUGACUUUGAUCGCGACAACGGUGGCGGCAACUUAAACAAAAACAUUCCAAAUCACAUUGCUUCCAAACAGUACUUGGGGAACGGGGAGGUUGGCCCUUCGGAGAAGAGUCGCGGGUCGGACCUCCCUCUUCCCAGUACUCCUCCCCCCCAGCAGGACACUUCCAAAGCCCAGCAAGCCGAGCGCCUGGUGAAUGGACCCCAGGCGGCGGGCAACAGGCCUCCCUCGGAAUUAACCAACGGACCUUUGGGGCCGGGCCUCGGCGUGCCUGCCCUAAGACAGCAACUGCUCCCCAACUCCGCCCUGCCCUCCACUGUUACAGUCACUUCCGCCGGCGCUCCCGCAAACGGGAUGGCCCCCGAGGCCCGCGGUCUCAAGAGGCCGGCGGAAAGCGAGGAGCGCGGCGGGGCGGCGCCCUCGGGCAUCCCCAACAAAGUGGGAGUGCGGAUCAUCACCAUCAGCGACCCCAACAACGCCGGCAGCAGUGCCACUAUGGUGGCGGUGCCGGCAGGAACGGACCCAAGCACAGUAGCCAAAGUAGCAAUAGAGAACGCCACUCAGCAGAGGAACUGCUUGCCCACGAUGGCAUCCGGCUCCACGCCAACAGUAACCCCGCCCCCUGCAUCCCAGCCCGCUACGGGCGGGAACCACAGCCCGCACCUCUCAGCGCAGCCGGAGCAGAGCAGGAAGGCGGGGCAGAACUUCAAGUGUUUGUGGCAGUCCUGUAAACGGUGGUUCGAAACGCCGUCGCGGGUCUUUUACCACGCGGCGACACAACACGGUGGCAAAGGCUUGUACGGCGGCCAUUGUCAAUGGGAAGGGUGUGAACCUUUUCCCCGGCAGAGACUUUCCUUCAUCACGCAUCUGCAGGACAAGCACUGUUCUCGAGAGGCUUUGCUGGCUGGGCUCAAGCUAGAAGAGCAGCAGGCGCAAAGUCCCAAUCAGACUUCUACCCAGACUCCGCCGGCGGCAGGCAGCACUCCGACACCGCGAGCACCAAAAGCUAUCGUGAAUCACCCGAGCGCGGCGCUCAUGGCCCUCCGCAGAGGCUCUCGGAACCUGGUCUUCAGGGACUUCACUGAUGACAAAGAGGGACCAGUGACCAAACACAUACGACUAACUGCUGCCUUAACGUUGAAGAACAUCGCCAAGCACUCGGACUGUGGUCGCAUGUUGGUAAAGAGGCAUGAGACGCACCUCUCCGUGCUGGCGCUGAGUAACAUGGAGGUCUCCACCACGCUCGCCAAAUGCCUUUACGAACUGACGCGCUCGCUCCAGGCUUAAGCGCUUAAAAAAAAAAAAAAAAAAAAAAAGACAAC